ACACACACACACACACUUAAGUUCGACAUUGCCCUCAAUGGAGCAGACGGAAAUAUAAGGGGAACGAUGUUACCUGAAGGAAAGACUGUCGGGGGACUGGAAUUGGACCAGUCAGCGGGGCUAGCAUCAGCAAAACACACUGGGUGAUAGAAACCAUAGUUCCAUGUGGACAAACCAAAAAUAAACGAAAGGAAAACAAACCUUGGUGGGGUUGCCUCCCCACAAGCGCUUCUUUACCAUCGUGAGCCGGACGGUGGCUCCUAAGUUUCGGUCCACCCCAGAACCUCCUUGAAGUUGAGGUUCUAAUUAAUGAGGUGGAGUCUCAAGUCAUGAGCAUGUGAUGUGAUAGGUGAUGAAGAUGGCUCAUGACCUUGAGGAAGAUGAAGUCUCCACUCUCGAGACAUCUCCUUCACGUAUGCUCUUGUCUCAUUGCCCCAAACCAAAUCAGAUAUAUUCGAUUGACCACCAUCGCAUCCACCAAGAGGGAUCGAUGUUGAUGUGGUCUUAGUCUGGCAAAGAGACACUGCAAAUGGGUCCUUGCCAAGCAGCUCCUCGAAGUUUGGUGGAGAUAUCACAUGUAACUCAUGGCCAGUGCAUGCCUCUUCCACCUCAACUUCAUCCUCAGCCUGGACACCACUUGCUUCGUUAACCCCCCUUCCUUCAUCAGAAUGUCGUCUCUCCCCUUGGAAAAGAUCAAGAACUUCCUCUUCUUUGCUUUCUUCCUCAUCCUCCACAACUUCUUCCCUCACCCUUUCUCACUCUUCUUCUUCUAGCACAGACUGGAGAGCAAGUCGCCAUGUAAUUUCUUCAAUGAGAUCAUCUUGCAUCUCCUUGCUCGGGCCCAUCAUAUCAGAGCGGAAAUGGGGACAGUUGUGAUCUACCACCAGAGGAUACACUUGAUCAUAAUUAUCAUGGGAGCUUUCCAUGACAACUUUUGUAUGCUCCUCAACAUCCUCAUGAUUGCCUUCUUCUUCCUCCUCCUCUACUUGUAUGGCAACAUAAAGGUUGUCUUUAGAAAACUAUGCACAAGCUUUCUCAAUGACCUCUAUGUGCUUCUUUAUGCUCCGAAGGGUAUCCUCUAUUUCACGGGGAAAGGAGAAGUCAGUUUGGGCCAUGGCCUGGAUAUGAGGAUCCAUCUCGGGAAAGGAUCUCUCAGGUACUCGAGCAAUCUGCUCCACGAGAAGCCUCAAGUGAUAGUUUGGAUCUGGCUGCGGAGUGUAGCAUGGCUCUGCCGGAUGGCCCGUGAAGGCUGUGACUAAAUCAAGAUCUGAUGGCCCUUCUAGUUGUGGGAGGAAUUCUUCUUUAUAAUGAGAUUUUUCUUGAAAUACCCAAGGGUCUGAUUGUUCUUCGUAGUAGAGGGGUUGGUACUGAAACCCCACUCCAUAGUCUUCUCCUCCUUGGGUGCUCCAGGAAGUCUCGGGGUAAUACCACUCGGGUGGUGGUGGAUAGCCCUAAUGGUUUGAGAAACCUUGAGAACCCAUGUAUUAGAUCUGCACCAACAAAAACAAAAUACCCAAGUGAAAAGCAAGGGUGGAAAAGAGAGGAUGAAUAAAAGUAAAUGCUAAAG